CACCCAGCUCACCCCCCCCCCUUCUGUUAGCCUUCACUUCAAACCACCUACAUUCUCUACUAAGCAUCACAUAACAACACAUUGUCUUAGUUAAUGUAUAUUUUCAUUUGUCUGAUAUGGCGUGAUAUUUUCAGGGUUGAAAAUGUAUAUAAGAGUAGCUUAGGUGUCAUAUAAUAGUGUUUCAAUAUCAAACAGCUGUAAAAUUAAGCACUAAGCAAAAUGAAAUUCAUUUUUGCCUUGAGUUUGUUCGUUCUUAUGGCAGUAGUCUAUGUCGAUGCAAGACCUGGUAACGAUGAUCAGAUGCUACAAACUGCAACUGAAGUUGGUCAGAAGCUUAGAAUGUUAUUACUCAAAGUAAUGACAAGGGCUCGUCAACGAAUCGCUGACUACUUUGAAAGAGAUGGUCUUGGUGAAAAACUUAAAUCUGUUCUCUUCAUCCUUAUUCAACGUUUAAAUAACCGCUUAGAUAAUUAUGCAUCAAGCAUGGAUUAAAUGUUACUGAUGACGACGACAAUGAUGUUCUUGUCUGUUUGUUAUCGUAUCGUAUCGUAUCGUAUCGUAUCAUACUUUGAAUGCAUUCAAAUUUUGUUUUAAAAACUCUAUUUUACUACUCAACACAUAUUUUGCCCUGAAUUAAUUCCAAUAAAAAUCGAUAAUUCGAUUGUUGAAAUCCUGUGUAAUUCCUUAAUAUAUAUGUAAUUUUAUAUACAUCUACAACAUUUGUGUUUAAUAUUUUCAACAACAUUCACCUUUUCUCUUCUUUUCUACAAUAAAUAUAUAUAUAUAUUGAAGAUUCAUUCUUUUGUUUGUUUAUUCAAAGUAUUCUGUGGAAUCUGUUUGGCGCGUUUUUUAAAUUUUUAAUUUUUUUAGGGGAAACGGGGAAAUAUCAUGUCUUAGUGUCUUAUAGAAUUUCAAGUUAAUUCAGUAUGUUUGUAUUUGAUUCGUACUCAUUCAUGUAUGACUGUAGCAUGACUUGUGUAAUUAGAUGUCAGUCUUGUCAAAUCAGUAGGAUUUAGAAGUCAAGUAAAAGUUUCACUUGUUUGGGACACACCUUAUCCGAGUUCUAAGUUCAGGAUACAUUCAUACUAAAAAGUUCAGUUAUUUUAAUAAUAAUAAUCAUAAUUUGCUUUAUUCCAAAACAGUAUUUG